GCCAGCAUGCUGGCCAUGUUCGCCGGCGCCGAGGUGGUGCACAGGUACUACAGGCCUGACCUGAGUAUACCUGAAAUACCUCCUAAGCCUGGAGAACUGAAAACAGAACUGUUCGGUCUAAAAGCAAGAUCAAGCAAAGUUGAGACUUCACAGUGA